CUCGCCAUGGCGCGCGGCCGAGCGUGGCUGUGGGCGGCCGUGUGGACGGCGCUGGCGCUGGGCGCGUGCGCGCAGCGGCCACUGGCCUGCGAGAUCGUCUGCUGCGACCUCAUGCCGCACUGCAGCAACGCUACCAGCAUGAGCUGUGACUGCCCGAACUCGCACGAGAUGCGGCUGCGAGAGGGCUCCAUACCGAAGACGGUCAAGUACGUGCACAUAUCCAACGCCAGGACGGUGGUGAUCGGGCGAAACCUGAUCUACGCGCUGUACGCCCUGCGGGACCUGGUGAUCAUGGACGUGGACUCGGUGGACGUGCACUCGGACGGGCUGGCGCAGUCGGCCGCCUCCAGCCUGCAGCAGCUGCGCCUGGAGCGCGUGCACACCGUCGAGCUGCGCCGCGAGUCGCUGUCGGGCACGUGGCGCGGUGAUGCCGUUAUCACGCUGCACCGCGUCAAGUACCUGCGCCUGGGCGGGCUGGCGUUCCACUUCAGCGGCGUGCUGCCGGGCCCGCGCGUCGUGCUCGACCUGGUGGGCGACCUGCACGCCGAGCGGCACGCCUUCAAGGCCACCAUCGGCCACCUGUCGCUGGUGAACGUGACGAUGCGCGUGUGUCGGCCGGACACGUUCCGGGGUGAGAUCACCAGCCUAGAGCUGCUCGGCUGCCGCCUGGACUCGCUCGAGUCGGGCUGCCUGCGCGCCGAGGAGGGCUGGCGGCGCGUGGCCGUGCGCGCCUGCCGGCUGGGCGCCGUGCGGCGGCGCGCGCUCUCGGGUCCCGUUGACGCCGUCCUGCUGGAGGCCAGCACCGUCGACGUCAUGCACGAGGGCGCGCUCCAGCUACAGGUGGACCGGCUGGAGCUGCAGCGCGUGGACGUGGCCGAGAUGGGUCCGCGCGCGCUGAACGUGACGGCGUGCACGUCGGUGCGGCUCGUGGAGUCGCGGGUGGCGCUGCUGCGGGCGCUGGCGCUGGCUGCUGUCCGGCUCUCCAACUGCGAGCACAGCGACGUGCACCCGUUCACCGUGCACCUGCUGCACGUCGGGGACGCCGAGAACGGGUCGCUGGCCGUACAUGCCGACCUGCCGGCCGCCGCCGUCAACUGGGACUCGCUCAUGCUCGACGCCGACUGUUCGUGCCAGGCGGCGGAGCUCGCCCGUCAGCUGGUGGCCGGUGGAUCGACCGCGCCGCUGACGGACACCCAGCGCGAGCUGGCGGAGCACGUCUCUCGCAGCGGCUACUGCCGCGACGAGCACGGCGGCGCCGAGCGCCUGGCGGACGCGGCGACCGCCUGCCGGUCCGCGUCCGGCGGCGCCGUCAGCCUCGACCAGGACGUCGUCUUCUACGGCGUGCUGCCGGUGCCAGCCCAGGACUCGCGCAAGUGCAGUGUGACCGACCUCUGA